CUUCCAGUUCAUCUCAGCAGCCUGAGGUUGGAGACAGGAAUCCCAGUCGUGCUGCACAGUCUGUAUGAGGAGCAGAGCAUGGACCCCGAGCAGGGACCCUGAUAACAGACUUGGGGUUACCUACACUAACCUGCUGCGUCCUGAGCUAAUGGGACAGUUUGUUCCUGGGGCACACCGUCACCACAGCUUCCAGUGACACAGGCCACAAUGUUUAACUGGCACAAAACAUUUAAGCUCAUGCCACCCUGGAGAAGAGGGAAGAAGACAGAAUCAUCAGAGGGUGAAGUGGUGCUGACUCAUAUGAAGAAGCUAAAAAAUGGAAAUGACAAUAAACUGGUAGAAGGUCCGGGUCUGACUGCACACAUGCUUCUUCAGGCUGGCGUGUCUAAUGAUUUGCCUAUUGCAGAAGAACAGCCCAAGUUAAUGUAUGAGAAUCGUGUCAGUGAACUGGGGGCCACAGGCUCACUUUGUCGCUUGUAUAAGUUUGAGUCAGAGGAUUCUGGGGUGGAGAUACAAAGCAGAGCCAAUUCCCCGUCCAGCCCAAAAGGUUCUGAAAAGAGCUUUGUGGUUCACAGUAGGGAUUCCUCAUGUGACUCUGGUGUCCUCAGCGCUUCUUCCUCCCCUACAGUGUGUCACCUGGAGAUGUGUAGGGACCCAGACCGCACGUUCCUCUCGGAUGCUGAUCUCACUGCUAAGGGAGAUCCACAAACAUCAGUGGAAGAUUUCAUUAAUUGCCAAGAUGAAAAUCUAGACUUGUCCAUUUAUAAUAAGCAGAACUGCUAUGAGCACAAAGUUGCCCCAGAGGAGUUAUCAAGGCCAGAACACAGCUCUGUGCUGGGUAAGAACAGCAAUGUGAUGGCAGAUUUUUACCAGGACACAUUUGAUGAUAUUGAUGACUUGCACCACGAACUAAGAAGGUACCCAACAAGUGACAGCCUGGAUCAGUAUAUGGACGAGUGCUGCCGGCUCAGUGAGGUGAAUCAGGGAGCUACAAAAGUCCUGGGCUCAGGGUUUGGAUACCUGGAACAUAUCUGUCAGCUGAUAGAGAAGCUUGGGCAGCUGCAGGAGCACAACUUGAGGCUACAGAAACAAAUAUUCACCCUGCAAAAGGAGGACAAGAUGAAGCAGAUGAGAGAGGAGUACUUCGGCCAUCACUGCUCCUGUGGGGCUGCAAGUGUUCUGCUCAGCUCAUAUCUUGAGGUUAAAAAUCAUUUUGCUGUGAAGAGGAACCGGCCUCACAGUAUGUUUGUCCAGAGUGGGAAUCAGUCCGACCUUUCCAUGAUACCAGAAAUCACUGUGAACCCAGACAAAUUCUGCUUCAGAGGAACUCCUGGGCAUAUCGAUGGAAGAAACAGCCCAUCCAUCCUGAGGUUUAGGAAACCACUGAAUAAAAUAAAAUAUGAAGAAAGUGAGUCUAAGCAAGUAUGGGAACGAGAUGACGGGGGGACACAGCUGCAGCAGAACGUAAAAAAGCUUGAUAUCCCCCCUUGGGGACGUGUCAGAGACCUUCUAAAGAAAACCAAGACCAGGAACCAGAACAAGCUCGGAUUAACAUCCACGUCGCUGAAGAGAUCUUGUCCGCAGCUGUACAGGCCAGACCCUGCGCCUCACAACAUUAAGAGGAAAGAAAGAAAUUCCAUGAUUAUUCUGGGGCAGAAUCCAAAGAGAGAGUGUGCCUGGACCAGUCUGUAUGUGCUAAACAGGAAGGAAGAGGACAUGUGAGUCUGCAAACAGAGGUGACAAUGAGAAGUGAAGGUGUACGCAGGAUAGGGCAUGAGUGGGCAAUGUGUCUGUAGCUAUUUGUUCUGUGACAGGUGUGGGCUGAAGCUGCUAUUUAUUACUGAACAUGUAUUUUACACAUUAUAAAGGGACAAAACCUCACGUUACACAAGUAUUUUGUCUUUCAUUUUUUAAGACCGGACUCUGCAGGUGUGAAGUCGCUAACUCUCUAAACAAUACCGCGGCCCCUGGCUAAAUGACCAUCAGACAAUCGCCAGAAUGCUCAGUGGCACACUGGGCCCGGCCCUGGCAGCUGCUCAUGUUCAGCCUGAGUUACUGUAAAUCAUGCAGUCUAGAGCGGGUGACACUGUACUCAUUCUAUUAAUCUUUCUGGUUCUCAGUUCAGAAAGUGUUGCAAAUAGAAUUGUAUUCAAUUGUUGUUAUGUGAUUUCCAUUCCAUAUUUUUUUUAUAAACCUCAUACUCCAUUUAUAACACUAUAUGCCAUAUAUGACCUCUGUGUAUCAUUUUGUAUUUAUAUACUGUAUCAACCUUUAUUUUUUAAAGUCUUUAAGAAGUUUAAUAAAGUUAUCUAUGAAUUUAUGGAAACAA